AUGAAGACCUCCACUGUCCUAUUCGCCCUUUGCUCGCUUGUCGGCAUUGAACAGGCCAUUGCCGCCCCGGCCAGCGAACUACAGACACGGGCAACUGGAACCGGCAAUGAUGACUGUGACCCGAUUCAGGGAACACUCAAUAUUCGCGGUGAAGAUGCUCUCACCUACGAUGCCGACUGCUGGGCGAUGCUGUGCGGAGGAAAAGAUCCAGUUAUGCAAAAGAUCGCAUCAAGUUAUGCUGAUAAGCAUCGUCAAGUCGCCGCUGGAAGCGCUGCCUCCAAGCAGCCCUUCAAGAACCCCUCGUCAAAUGGCAUCAAGGCCCUUCCGCCCACUACUGCAUGGGGUCUCAACCAGGACUGGGAUUCAGCAGAAGAAUUCCCGUUUGCAUCCACGGUCAAGGGUGGACAAGGUGCCCUUCUAUUCCCAGCGAACAAAAAGUCGCAGGAUGAGCAAAAGAUUUCGCUUUCCGCAUUCUACUCCUCCAACAAGAUCAAGGGUUAUGACCCGGCCAAGAAGGGCCAAGCUGGCGCUGAGGAUGGAACAUGGUUCACUAUCAAGAAGUUUACCGGCCCAGUAGGACCGUACUGCAAAGCUUACAAUGAUGAUGAUAUUAGCGUCUGCCACAAGAAGACUGCGGAUCCCCGCUGGGGCUACGACCCUGCUGAGUAUGCGUAUAUUUAUGAUCACGCAUCCAAGACUUUCAAAUACCAAGGAAAAUAA